AUGUUUAACAUUCUUUUUAUAAGAAAUUUUAAUCUAUCUAUAUCUAUCUAUCUAUCUAUCUAUCUAUCUAUCUAUCUAUUAAAGACAUUUUUAUGUUUAAAUUCUUUUAUAAGAAUAUUAUCUCAAUCUAUCUAUCUAUCUAUCUAUCUAUCUAUUAAAGACAUUUUUAUAAAUCUAUCCAUCUAUCUAUCUCAAUCACUCUAUCUAUCUAUCUAUCUAUCUAUCUAUCUAUCUAUCUAUCUAUUAAAGACAUUUUUUAUGUUUAACAUUCUUUUUAUAAGAAAUCUUUCUAUCUAUCUCAAUCCAUUAUCUAUCUAUUUCUAUUAUCUAUCUAUUAUUAUUUUAUGUCUCUAUCUAUUAUCUAUCUAUCUCUUCUAUUAUCUAUCUAUUAUCUAUCUAUCUAUUAAAAGACAUUUUAUGUUUAACAUUCUUUUUUAUAAAAAUAUCUAUCUAUCUAUCUAUCACUCUAUAUCUAUCUAUCUAGAUAUCUAUCUAUCUAUCUAUCUAUCUAUUAAAGACAUUUUUAUGUUUAACAUUCUUUUAUAUAGAAAAUCUAUCUAUCUAUUCAUCUCAAUCACUCUAUCUAUCUCAUCUAUCUAUUUAUCUAUCUAUCUAUCUAUCUAUUAA